AUGAACAGCACAGGAAUAAUAUAUAUUCUGAAGAUAUACUGGUACAAAUUACGAGAGACAUUUUCAGAGGAAUAUGAAGUCAAAGCUGAAAACGUCGCUAAAAAGAUAAAUGACGAAACUGUGAAUUUCAAGUUUACCACCAAUAGGAAACAGUUUGAGUUUAACCUUGAAUUGGACCUUUCGUUAAAAAAGGCAGAAAGGGCCUUAGGUGUUCGUGGUUGGAGUACAGUCGAGGAAUAUCUCUCCGAUGACUUAGCAUCAGAUUCCGAGGAUGACAAGAAACUACGUCAAGCGGAGGACCGAACGGGCAGGAAACCCAGACCUUACAAGAAAAGGGUUUCCGAUGCUAAGGAAAUAGACUUUUUUCAUGAAGUUUUCCCGGUAGAAUGGUAUGGCAAAAUCGCUGCCGAGAUCAACAGAUAUGCGGCCGAAAAAAUUUCUCAAAAUGGCGCAGAUCCAAAGUGGACCCCAACAAAUGCUGAGGAGAUUAGGGCGUUUUUUGCCUUCAAUAUUACGAUGGCAAUUGUUGUAGCACCAAACCAGGACAUGUACUUUACAUCUGACACAUUUUUUCGUCCCACAUGGAUAUCUGAAAGAAUAACCAGGGACCGUUUUGACAAACUUUGCCAAUAUUUUCAUGUAUGUGACACCAGGACCAAUCCCCAGAGAGGACAGCCCGGAUUUGACAAGUUGGCUCACAUUAGGUCAAUUUUAGAAGAUGUUAGACAGAAGUGCAAAACUGUCUAUUCACCACAUUGUGAAACAUCAAUUGACGAAGCAAUGAUUGCUUACACUGGAAGACUAGGGUUUAAACAGUAUGUUCCACUGAAGCCUACAAAGCGUGGGAUUAAAGUUUGGGUCAGGGCAGAUCCACACAAUGGAUUUGUGAAUGACUUUCAGGUUUACACCGGUAAAUCUGAAAAUGCACCAGAGGUUGGCUUAGGAGAACGUGUCGUUAAAGACCUAACUCGGGAUAUUUGGGGCAGUUUUCAUCGUGUUUACUGUGACAACUACUUCACGUCGGUGCCCUUGUUCCAGGAGUUGUUGCGGAACAAAACAUAUGCCUGUGGGACUUUCCGAUCAAACAGGAAACACUUACCUCCAGCUGUAACAAAAGCCAAGCUGAAACAACAAGGCAACAUGGUUCAAAACCAACAAGGAAACAUGGUAGCAACUGCGUGGCAUGACCUUUUGUCAACAUGUGACAGCCCGGUUGACAUGACCAGUGUCCAGAGAAGGAAAAAGGAUGGGACAGUUCGUGAUGUUCCCUGCCCUAAGGUGGUGAAGAAUUACACUUCCCACAUGAAUGGAGUAGACAGAGCUGACCAGCUUCGCUCAACAUAUUCCAUUUCCAGGAAGGCUUCCAAAUGGUGGAAGUACCUGUUUUGGUUUUUGGUAGACAUUUCAAUUACCAACGGGUAUAUAAUGAUGAAGGAGUCGCCAAACCACCAACUGAAAAGCAAAACAGGGAAGACAAAAGAAAGGACUCAGCUUGAUUUCAGGAAAAACCUUCCCAAACAGCUGAUGGGAGCAUACUGGCUGAAAAGAAAGAGGGAAAGCGUCCAGAACAAGUCUGUCCAAGGACUUCUCCACUGGCCGACGAUCCUAACUAAAAAGAGGACCUGCAAGCAGUGUUCAAAACAGGGGUUAAGGAAGGAGCCAACAUCUGGAUGUGAACAGUGCCAAAUUCACUUGUGUGUAGCUUGUUUCAAACCCUACCACAAGGAAAACUUUCCUGCCCUGUUUCAGUGA